AUGAGGAUGUUCCAGAAGCUCGUCGGGUUCUAUGCCUUAUUUUCACGCAUGUCCUCCUCGGUCCUCAGCCUUUCAAAGCCCAUGGGAUACACGCAAAACACGUCACGCCAGUCAAGUCCCAACACGAAAACUAGUCAAGAAAUUAUCGAGUCGGUGGCCCAGCUGAAAGUCUCCACAUGGACGCCCCCAAAGCGUGGCCGGCAAGCCACCUUGAUCGGCGUCGCCGAGACUGGCUUUCUGCAAACCACGAGGCCGUCUUACCAGUAUCUUGAGGGUCAAGCUAAGGGGUUCAUGGGUCGUUUGAGUCGUAGGGCUUAG